AUGUCUGCAGACGAUCAAGCUUUCUUAGAUAUUCUCUCCUCGGUUCCCAACGAUGUCAAGAGGUACUCAUCAGAUGUUGCUGAUUAUGUCGACAAGCAUCUCGAAAAAGUCUCGAACACGUUGAGAGACGCUCUAUCCUCUUCGAAAUGGAUUCCCGAAUCUGCGCGACCAAAACCACCUCCGCCGCCACCGAGGAGAUUCGAAAUGUCUGUUUCUCCGUCACUACUUGUGAAGCUUCAAAGUUGGGUACUCAAUCAUAAAAUCUUGACUACCUUCAUUGUUCUUGCCAUCGGAGGCGUCACAUAUAAAGUCAUAAGGAGGAAGGUCAACCGGAAGAAACGCAGAGCCAAGCGCGCGAGCAAUGGAGCGAGACUUGAGGUUGUGGUGAUUGCUGGGUCUCCUUCUGAGCCUAUCACUCGGUCCAUCUCCCUGGAUUUGGAAAGAAGAGGCUUCAUUGUCUAUAUUGUGUGCAACACUAUCGAGGAAGAAGUUCUAGUUCAAAAUGAAUCCAGACCGGAUAUCAAGCCGUUGAUGCUUGAUAUCGUGGAUCCCGAAAGCGCCCGAGCUUCAAUCGAGCGCUUUACAAUUCACCUACAAUCACCUCAUGCCGCUUUCCAAGGUGCCAAACCACACCAUCUAUCCCUCUGCUCACUGAUCCUCAUCCCAUCACCAUCCUACCCUUCCUCACCAAUCGCCACACUGUCCCCCUCAACACUCUCGGAUCUCCUCAAUACUCGACUCUUAACACCAAUCCUAACAACACAAACCUUCCUCCCACUCCUCCAAUCUUCGCCUCUACAACACCCAUACCUCCACACUCAACCAAAAUCUCAGCAAGCCAAGAAACCUUCAGUCCUCCUUUUAACACCAAGCAUAAUCUCUUCCCUCUCGCCCUCCUUCCACCUCCCGGAGUCCCUAAUAUCAACCGCCCUAACAACCUUCACUCAAACUCUAACUUCCGAACUCCUCCCUCUUGACAUCCCAGUCACACACCUGCAACUCGGCUCCUUUGACGUCUCUUCCUUCUCACCACACAACAAAGCCCUCGUCCCCACUACACAAUCCCAGCGCGCCGAGACCUUAAAGUGGGAUGAAGGCACCCGACAAGCUUACGCCCGAAACUUCGUUGCUGUAAGUAGCAAGGGAGCUGGCGGCGUAGGAGCUAUCGGGAAAGGAAGUUCGCUGAGAGAACUCAACAACGCGGUAUUCGACGCUAUGACUUCAGGAAAGGCCGGGACGGUUAGAGUUGGUAUGGGAAGUAGAACUUACGGGUUUGUGGGAUGCUGGGUGCCACGAGGAUUAGUGGGAUGGAUGAUGGGCGUUAGGAAAGUAGGACAGAAUAAGAGCGAGUUUGGACGGGGCGGUGAUAGUUUGGUGCCGAGUAGGAGUACGAGUCCUGGGAGUGCGAGCACGGGGAACGUGCAUGGUUUGAGGGAGAGCGAGUAUAUUUCCGUGUAUCAGGAGGAUGGCAAUCAUCCGUUGCCUGAGGGCGAGUUUCCUGAGGGUCACGCUGGAAGCUAUGGUCAUGAUCACUAGAUUGAUGCACGGCUGAGGGCUGCUGGAGUUUGGGGAUUUGGUCGAGGCGUAGAGUAUGGAAUUUGGGUAGACGCAUAGGAUGGAAAUCUCCAAUCAAGGAAUAGGCAUGGACGUAGUAUCAAACUUCACUUCACUUUAGUCAAUGAGAUAGAAAAUGCCUCACUCUACC